CGGCAGGGGCAGGGCGCUGGCGCCGGCUCCGGCCGCAGCCUCCGCACCUGGGCUGGGAGUGGCUGAGGGAGGUGCCGGCCGGGCGGGAUGAGGCUGUGAGGAGACGCUGCGCCCCGCACUCGGCGAGAUCCCAGAGACAUGGGGGCGCCCGUGAUGGUACCAGCCCGGGAGCCCUGCCGCGCAGGUGCUGUUCUUUCUUUGGUUUGCCGUGACUCUUAUGAAGCAUGGUGCCAGAUCAUCAAUGUGUCGGAAACACAAGCCCCUUUCUUUACCUAUCCAGACAACCAUUCCAAUGAAACAAACCUGAGUGUUUCCACAUCUGCGGGAAGCAAAUAUAGGCUCUAUGUGGGUGUGGCCCUGGCAAUAGGUUCCAGUAUUUUUGUUGGCUCCAGCUUUAUACUGAAAAAGAAGGGCCUUCUGCAACUGGCUGACAAGGGAGUCACCAGAGCUGGGCAGGGUGGAUAUUCUUACUUGAAGGAAUGGCUCUGGUGGGCAGGAUUACUUUCAAUGGGAGUAGGGGAGGCUGCCAACUUUGCUGCCUAUGCCUUUGCACCUGCAACCUUGGUUACCCCAUUGGGUGCACUGAGUGUUCUUAUAAGUGCAAUAUUGUCUUCCUAUUUUUUAAAUGAAAAGCUGAAUGUUCAUGGGAAGUUGGGCUGCAUAUUGAGCAUUUUGGGGUCAACAGUGAUGGUUAUUCAUGCCCCUGAAGAAGAGGAGGUCACUUCUUUAGAUGAAAUGGAAAUAAAACUGAAAGAUCCAGUGUUUAUUGCAUUUGCUGUGGUUAUAACUGUGGUCUCCCUGGUGCUGAUUUUUGUUGUGGCUCCAAGGAAAGGUCAGACGAAUAUACUGGUCUACAUAUCAAUUUGUUCAGUGAUUGGUGCCUUCUCUGUGUCAUCUGUCAAGGGCCUCGGCAUUGCCAUUAAAGAAAUACUGGAGCAGAAGCCGGUUUACCAACAUCCGCUGGUUUAUAUUUUGGUGGGGACUUUAGUGCUCUCAGUCAGCACUCAGAUCAACUAUCUUAACAAAGCAUUGGACAUGUUUAAUACAUCUCUAGUGACACCUAUUUAUUAUGUGUGUUUCACUACUACAGUUGUUACAUGUUCUAUCAUCCUGUUUAAAGAAUGGAAUAGCAUGGACCUGGGUGAUAUCAUUGGCAGCCUCAGUGGAUUCUUCACCAUAAUCAUAGGCAUUUUCCUUUUGCAUGCUUUUAAAAGUACUAAUAUCACCCUGAAGCAAUUGACAUCCACAGCUAUAAAAGAACCCUCAUUGCCUCUGCAUGGAUAUGAUGCUCAUCAUACUUUAUUGGAGAACAUGGAGAGCCCAACCUUGGCAUAUGAGGAAGACAAUCCUUUGUUCAGUCGAGGAAAUGCACAGGGAGCUAUUUGCCAUUAAAAUUUUUAAAUGUGAACUAGAUCCACCUACAUCAA